AUGGAUCCAAUUGGUGGAGAUAUUUAUAGUGUUUCUAUUAAAGAAGAAAUUACUGAUGAAACUGAGGCUACUCAUGAGCUGAUUGAUGUUAAACAGGAAGACGAAAUGUUUGUCCCAGAUGAAGCAGAUGGGUUCAUUCAUGUGAAACAAGAAGACGAUAUGCUCGUUCCAAGUCGAGAUGCUCUUAUGAACGAUGAUGAAGAUGAAGGACUGUCCUCAUCAAUAGAAGAGGGUGAACCUGUUCAUUUAGACAAAAGAAAACGUUUAGAUAAAUCAGAUUCACCAUGCGAAAAUUUAUGUAUGAACAUCAGAGAUAAUUUUGGUAGAUAUGUGAAGAAGCGUAAAACUGAAAUCGGACAAGCUGUUGCUAAUAGCAAAAACUCUAAAUUUGAAGUUAAAAUGCCUUAUUCAUAUGACAGAGAUCCACUUACUAAUGUUUUACUUGCAGAGACUUCAUUGCUAAAAGAACAAAGGCAUGCAAUCAAAGGACUGGGAGAAUCAAAAAAUACAACUCUUUGUGCGUCUGCUCUAUUGAUGAAACAUAGUUUUGAUAAGAAUGGCACACAUCUGCCGCGUCAUCAUAUAGAUAGCUUCCUUGCUGGAAUCGGAUCGACCAUGAAGAAAUUGAACCGUUACAACCAACACGUUGCCAAAGGACGUAUAUUUAAUCUUGUCCAAAACUUAGUGUCGCAAGAAUUAUUCAACCAAUCCUCGUAUACUUAAAAGGCCUCAUCGCAGCAUUCCGAAACCGAAUUCGACAUCAAAAGGUUUAGAAAAUAUGAAUGAGAGUUACAGCUUUUCGACAUCUGCUAAGGCUUAGCGAAGCUGUAAACAACAUGGAGCCGUUGUAUGACCACCACCAGCUCCUAGCACCAAGAAGAAAAAAUCAGUGAUUUUCCUGGAGCUAUCACUGUCGGAGCUGUCAUGGAAAAUCUGUCACUAGCUGUUAAAGCGCGCCUGGCGCCCUCUAGCUUUUGUCAACUUCAUUAGUUCUUCUUGAAAUUUGUUUCUUUUUUAAGCCGAUCUAUUAUUUACUCAAUAAAUUAUGUUCUUUAGUUAUAACAGAUGCAUUAUUCCUUGUUAUAAUUAUUCUUUUCAUGAAAAAUUAAUGUUUACAAUAAUUUUUAGUACACAUAUUAAUGGAUUGUAAUUAAAUAAAAGGAGAUUAGACUAAGAGAUUUCAGGGCCUAAUUAAAAUAGUUGUUAUAAGUAUUGCCUCUAACUAACAUUUUUAGACCAUCAUGGUUUAAAUAAGAGUCUAUUUCCCAGUGAAAAUAAAUU